AUGGGAGACUUUCUGGCCAUCGCUCAACAAUUUGUUGAAUUCUACUACAAGACUUUCGACAGCGACCGCACCCAGCUGGCUGCUCUCUACAGAAACAACUCUAUGCUCACGUUUGAGAAAGACCCAUUUCAAGGGACACAGAGCAUUAUUGAGAAGCUGACGAAUUUGCCCUUCCAAAAAGUCCAACACCGAGUUGACACAACGGACGCACAACCAUCGAACGAGACGGGAGGCAUUCUGGUUCUGGUGACUGGGGCAUUGAUGGUCGACGAUCAGCCACAACCCAUGAGCUACGUUCAAGUUUUCAACCUGGUACCUGAGGGUGGCAGCUAUUUUGUUCAGAACGAUGUCUUCCGAUUGGUGUAUGCUGCAAGCUGA